AUGCCAUACAAACAUGAACUGGACGGCGUGCGAGUCAACGGCAAGGGGAAGAAGAUGCGCAAACCCCGCACGAUCUACUCCUCCUUGCAAUUGCAGCAUCUCAACAAAAUCUUUCAACGGACGCAGUAUCUCUCCUUGCCUGAGCGCGCAGAACUGGCCGCUUCUCUUGGACUCACGCAGACGCAGUUUAAACUCCAAUGCAUAAUCCUUCUUUUUUCCUCCUCCCAGGGUGUGCAGCUGGAAGGCAGUCCUAGCGAGUGCGAGCAGCGAGAUCCCUGCAUGAACGGAGGCCGCUGCUACAACUCGGAGCGUGGGACCCUCUGCGACUGCUCCCACAUCAGCUACGAAGGUCCAUUCUGCGAGAAAGAACGCCAGGUGGAGGAGGCGACCUUCCGCGGCAGAGAAUUCUUGUGGUGGGAUCUGCGACGAACUGGAGGUCAGCCGCUCGCGUCACAGCAGGACCAGCUCUCCUUGUCCUUCAAGACCAGACAUCCUGCGGGGGUCCUUUUCUUCACUGGCGACGGCAAGGACUAUGUCAACGUGGCACUCCGAGAGGGCGGUGUCCUAGUGACCCUUGACAUGGGCGGCGACCCCCUCAAGGUCACCGUCAGACCGAACAGCGUCCGCUUCGAUGACAACCAGUGGCAUACUGUCACUGUCCAUCGUACUGUCAAGGAGAUUAAUGGACACACCAGCUUCUGUACUCUGUCGGUGUCCGUUGACGGCCUGUACACGGAAAAGGGCACGACGGCCGGGCCCUUCUCGCAGCUGUCGUCCUCGCGCCUCAACCUCGCUGGCGCCGACGUGCCCGCCCUCCUGCCCGGCGCCGAGACCAGGUCAAACUUCGUGGGCUGCCUCAGGAAGGUGGAAUACCGCGCCGACUCCAUCCGCCUGGACCUCAUCCGCAUGGCACGAGAAGGAAGUCCACUCCUCCACGUCUCCGGGAAGCUGGACUUCAUGUGCCUGGAGGUGGAAGCUGGCGUCCCCGUCUCCUUCACCACGCAGGAGUCCUACCUGGUGCUGCCGUCCUGGGAGGCCCCGCGACAGGGUUCCAUCAGCUUCAAGAUGCGGACGACGGAGCCUAAUGGCCUGCUCAUGUAUAAUUCAGGAGCUGUGUCGGCGCAGGGAGAUUUCUUCGCCCUGGAACUCCUCGAAGGUCACAUCUACCUGCACCUCAACCUCGGCUCGGGGUCACGUCGGGUCAAGGCCACGCACCGCCGGGUGGAUGACGGCUUCUGGCACGAGAUCACACUGAACAGGGACUCGCAGGCUGGUCGGAUAACGGUGGAUGAGGGAGCGAAUGACUUCACGACGCCAGGAGACUCGCACCAGCUGGACCUCGAAGGCGCCCUCUACCUCGGGGGCGUUGGGGUCGGGGUCAGCGUCCCCCCCGAGCUGUGGACAGGACGCCUCGGUCUAGGAUACGUAGGAUGCAUGAGGGAUUUGGUGAUCAACGGACAGGCUUCGGAUCUCACUUCUUACGCGAAGAAGCAGGAUUCGGGAUCCAUCGUCGAAUUCUGCCACAGCGACGGCGGUACCUGCUCCUCCUCCCCCUGUAUGCACGGUGGCUCCUGCAGACAAGGCUGGGGCCGCUUUUAUAAUGAUAAUGACGCCGCCACCCUGAGCUUCGAGGGCACCCAGUACUUCAAGGUCACGGCAGGCGACGAGUCCAGCACGCAGGCGAGAGACAUCUCCUUCAGGUUCCGCACCACCGGCCGGCGGGGCUCUCGUCCACACGCACACGUCGCCGCAGUUCGGACAAGAUCGAGCUGCGCUGCUGGGGAGGCUCACCGUCAAGCUGGGGGAUCGGAUAAGGUUGUACACGCCGGGAGCGGACUAAACGAUCAUCAAUGGCACACAGUACACUUGGUGCGACGUGCAACACAGAUCACGCUGCAAGUGACAAAGGAAACGCCCGUGCAAGGUGGGUCUGGUAACACUGAACCGAAAUGGAGAGUUAUCACUGUCAUAAUUGGCAACAACUCUGGAUGUGAUGGCGAUGAUGCCUGUGAGGUCAAGCUUGAUGGUGAUAAUGAUGAGUAUUCUGAUGAGGCUCACAUCGAUCUAGAUGAUGAGGAUUUAGAUGUUUCAUUGAUUUUGUCAACAGUUAUUCACAACAGUAAUUUGUCUCCAAUUCUAACCAACAGUACUGCCAAUCUAACAACAGUACUGCCAAUUCUAACCAACAGUACUGCCAAUUCUAACCAACAUACUGCCAAUUCUAACUACUGCAAUUCUAAUACUGCCAUUCUAACAACAGUACUGCCAAUUCUAGUACUGCCAAUUCUAACCAACAGUACUGCCAAUUCUAACAACAUACUGCCAAUUCUAAGAAUAUCACCAGUCUUACCACUUCUAACCACUUGCCAUCCCUCUCCACAGACCACACCAUGGGCCGACACAGCAUACUCCAGAGACUCGCACCAGCUGGACCUCGAAGGCGCCCUCUACCUCGGGGGCGUUGGCGUCGGGGUCAGCGUCCCCCCCGAGCUGUGGACUGGACGCCUCGGUCUAGGAUACGUAGGAUGCAUGAGGGAUUUGGUGAUCAACGGACAGGCUUCGGAUCUCACUUCUUACGCUAAGAAGCAGGAUUCGGGAUCCAUCGUCGAAUUCUGCCACAGCGACGGCGGCACCUGCUCCUCCUCCCCCUGUAUGCACGGUGGCUCCUGCAGACAAGGCUGGGGCCGCUUUGUGUGUGACUGCUCGCACACCACCUUCGUCGGCCCCACCUGCGGGAAAGACGCCGCCACCCUGAGCUUCGAGGGCACCCAGUACUUCAAGGUCACGGCAGGCGACGAGUCCAGCACGCAGGCGGAGGACAUCUCCUUCAGGUUCCGCAAACGGCCGGCGGGGCUCCUCGUCGCCACGUCGCCGCAGUCGUCGGACAAGAUCGAGCUGGCGCUGCAGUCGGGGAUGCUGAGGCUCACCGUCAAGCUGGGGGAUCGGGAUAAGGUUGUACACGCCGGGAGCGGACUCAACGAUCACCAAUGGCACACAGUACACUUGGUGCGACGUGCAACACAGAUCACGCUGCAAGUGGACAAGGAAACGCCCGUGCAAGACCACACCAUGGGCCGACACAGCAUACUCCAGUACAGAGACAUCCACAUAGGCAUGGUUCAUGACAACUCGACCAACAAAUGGAGACCCACUUCCACUUACUCUUCUCUCUCUUCCUCUUCCUCCUCCACGUCCUCUUCCUCUUCCGUUCCUCUUUCUCCGUCUCCUACCAGCUCUAACCAAGGCCCCGUGGCUCCCUUUAUAGGACAAAUGCAGAGUUUUUACAUGAAUGGAGAAUACCUGUUUGAAAUGGCUCGUUCUGGCCACGGCGACAGAUUUGAGGCUAUCCAGUUGUGUUUAGUAUUGACACAAUAUAAUACCAUGACAUCAUUAAAUAUAACUAAUGGUGACGGCGGAGUUCGGCAAGGGCGCCCGCAUCGUCCACCACCCGUGACCUUCAAGUCCCGCUCGGCCUUCGUCGCCCUGCCGCAGCUCAAGGCCUACUCCUCCACCAACAUCUACUUCCAGUUCAAGACCCUGCAGCCCAACGGACUCAUUAUGUUCAAUGGGGGCAAAGGUCACGACUUCCUGGCCGUCGAGCUCGUCAACGGACACAUCCACCUGAUCUUCAACCUCGGCGACCGGCCGGUUCGGGUGAGAGACAACAACAAGAUGCCCCUGAAUGACAACAAGUGGCACGCCGUGACAGUGAGCCGCCCCUCGAAGCGACAGCACACCCUCAUGGUCGACGACAACACCGCGAAGGUUAUCAGCGGAGGGAACAACGGUAACCUGGAUCUGCAAGGCUUCCUCUAUCUAGGUGGCCUUCCCCCCGACAUGUACACCAGCCUUCCUCGCCACGUCGAGUCUCGCACGGGCUUCGAGGGCUGCAUCGCGUCCCUCGACCUCAACGGCGAAGCCCCAGACCCGGUGGGCAAGGACGUCCCCCUGAUCUCAAGCCCCGUUUUCUCAGGCUGUGAUGGGCCAAGUACAAAGUGCCACCGGAAUGCAUGUGCAAAUGGCGGGACGUGCGUGCAACAGUGGAACUCCUAUUCGUGCAAUUGCGACAUGACAUCCUUCACCGGUCCUACUUGCUCUGAUGAGUCCACGGCGUAUGAGUUCGGAGGUGGCGCUGGCAUUAUGACCUUCCAGUACCCCGAGGGCAGAUGGCCUGACACCCGCCGUGACCUGCUGGCGCUUGGCUUCAUGACCUCACAGGAGGAUGCGGUCAUGUUGAGGCUUGACUCGGCUAAUUCGAAUGACUACAUGGAGCUGGAGAUCGUCGACGGCAACAUCUUCAUGGUCUACAACAUGGGCACGGAGGACCACCCCAUAGGCGAGGUCAUGGCGAAGGUCAACGACGGCAUCUACCACGUGGUCCGCUUCAUCAGGUCAGGCUCCAACGCCACGGUGCAGAUCGACGACUACGAAGUUCGUUCUAAGAAUCCCAAAGGACACCAGCUCUCCGUCUUCAAUGCGCAGUCACGCCUUCAGAUCGGAGGUCGAAGGGCAAGAAGGUCCACGGCCAUCGAGAGGCCCUUUAGGGGUAUCAUCUCCGGCCUGGUCCUGAACGGAGAGCGCCCCUUGGACCUGGCAGCCGAGAGGGACCCCAGGGUGAACGUCCGGGGAGAUGUCCACCUCCUGCUUUCCGUCCCCAAGACCCUCCCUGUGCAGAGCAAGGACGAACUCAACUACUGGCAGAGGACUCCGCCGCUUCCGGGACCGAAACCAGGAGACGGCGACGACCUGGUCUUCAGCGGCGCCGGGUCGGGCUGUGACAUGGACGAUGAGGACGAGUGCAUCCCGGUGUUCGACACGGGUUCUGGAGACGACCUCAUCACGCCCGUAUACAUCCCGCCCACCAUGACCACCGUGACCAAGCCGCCCCCGCGCCAUCCCAUCCCGGACAUCGACGUGGGCGUGGGUUCGAGGCCCUGCGACGACGAGGAGGAUUGCUACAACGGCGGCUCAGGUUCAGGGGAAUUCAACACUGACGACGGGGUUCUCACGGACGUGGAGAACGGCGACGACGUGGAGCUGGAGAACCCCGCGACGAACCAGCCGCUCCUGCAGCCCGAGAUCAUCCACUCGGAGGAGUCCCUGCGCCCGAGCGGCAAGAAGGACCCCGGCUCCGGCCCCACCACCACCCGCUCCUUCUACGGCGUCACGGAGAGCACCACCACGACCACCACCACGCCCACGCCCAGGACGAGGCCCCGUCCGCGCCCGACCACCGCGGCGCCGGCCUUCCCCUCCGUCGACCCGCAGGUGCCGGUCAACUACGGCGACAUCGGCGGCGGGACGGAGUACGACGACUACACGGGGCCGUUCGGCGAGAACCCGAUCCACCCCGUCGACCCCACGAAGGUGCGGACGCCCAACACCAAGGGCCAGAUCCACAGCGACGCGUCCGGCGGCAUCGCCCUCGUCAUCAGCAUCAUCGCGGGCGCCCUCAUCAUCGUCAUCCUCAUCAUCCUGCUCAUCCUCAAGUUCAAGGGGCGGCGCGACGGGACGUAAAGGUGACGAGACCAAGAACUACGAGGGCAUCCCGACGGUGCCCACGCCCAUGGUCAACGGCCAGGGCAACGGCAACAUCAAGCCCGGCGACCGCAGGCCCGUCAAGAAGCAGAGUAAGGACGUGAAAGAAUGGUACGUGUGAGACUUAGAAAUUUAUAUCGAAUUAUUAUAUCAUGUAAAAUCACAAAAUUACGACUGUGAUCUCCAUUCUUUUGCAAUACCUCUACAAUAAUAAGGAUAAACAUUCCUCCAUUCUGUGUCUGCUAUUAGUUCAUGACUAAAUGGGUUAGCGAAUCCAAAAUCGAUUCAAAUGACAAACAAACAAUAUAUACAUACAUACAUAUGUAUAUAUAUAUAUAUAUAUAUAUAUAUAUAUAUAUAUAUAUAUAUAUAUAUAAUAUAUAUAUAUAUAUACUCAACAAAAUGAGAAGUGAGAGAGGGAAAAACAAUGUUUUGUACAUGUAGAAUAUUGUAAGUUUGAAAUUCAAAUUUUAAAUUGUCAUUCCACACACUUCAUUUGUAGCUUAGGUUAGGUUACAUCAUGUUUCGAAAAUCAGUGCCCAUGAAUGUCGCUGCUUAUUUGAAGAAAAAAAAAUCGACUUUUUUGUAUUGAUUAGCCAGUGGAGGUGCGUAGAUUAGAGACGAUGAGAAUGAUGAGAAGUAGCGUAAGUCCUGAGAGCAUGAGUCGACCCAUUUCGUCAAGAGUGAGCGAGGAUGAUGAGCUUAACCCACUCCUCCAUAACCCCCCCCCCCCCACCCCCUUUUGGUUCCUGGUUCCCGAUUUCUUUCCACUUAACACGUGCAGUCGUGGUCGCAAACGUCCAUUGUAGAGCAAGAGUCUUGUUAGUCGUCAAGCUUUACACUGCUGUCCGGACCCCUUGUGUUACGGGUCUUGGCACAUAAAUGAAAUCUUUCCUAAACGAAACUCUUUUCAUGAAGAAAACUGUAAUUAAGAUGAUGUACAAUAAUAUUCCCAACUAACACUAAUUAAAAACAAUGCUUUGCAAACAUCCAAAACAUGGUAAAAUGCUACUAUUAUCAAUAUCUAACCUUGUUAUAUAUAGCACAACGUGCAUUGAAAGUAUAAAGUCACAGUAGACGGAUCUAGGUCCUACGAGAUACCCUGACGUGCAUGCAUGAACGACGAUGCAUUUGUCCUUGUCGUGCUGAUCGGCCUCCCCCUCCUGUGUCAGGGUCCGUUGACAGUCAGCGAUGUGCUUCAAGAACCCUUCUUUUGCUGUAUAAAAUUACUUUUCUUUUUCGUCUUUUUUUUCCCCUUUGAAUCAUCAAAAGGUCCGCCAAACCGUCGCUGAACUGCCUCUGACUUCUGCUUCCUGUGCCUGUUCUGUGUAAGGGGAAGGGGGAGAGGGAGAGACUGCCUCAGAGGGGAGCAAGGAGGGGAAGUGGCGCGGCGAUAACUAGGUCGCGUCGCCCGGAAGGUUCGCCCGGCACGUGACGGGGUUGAAGCCUUUGUUGGACUUUUUCACUUUUUACAUAUCAUUAGUGAAGUGAUUAGCCAGAUGCGGUAGUCUCUACAAAAUAUACUUAAGUUGAAAGUCAAAGGGGGCGAAGUCGGUCAUAGGAAAUUUUUCACAAUGCCUCCGUGGCAAUAGGUUUUCUUCUGUGGUUAGAAAUAUAAUCGAAACCCCUUAUCUUUAUACGUUUCUGAGCACAAGACACUGAAGUGAAUAACUUCCCAGAAGCAUGAGUCGAUUGCGUGAUAUUGAUCAGAACAUUUCUGUGACAUAUGCAGCUCCAUUCCGUAAGAAUUUACCGUUUCUUCAGUUCAUAUUCGUGCGCGGCCUUUUCUCACAGUGAAGGGAUGUAUCGCAGUCCUCAGUGACAAUAGGCCAAAACAAUACUAAAAUUCUUAAGAUCUCUUCUAAAAAUAUAAAAAAUAAAUAAAGGUUAGGCUAGUCCUUGCCCUUCACCAUGCAGGGAAGUUAUUCGAUCACGUGUCUUACAUCAUGCAGCACCAAAAAGCCUUGGCUGGCUCAUGGCUCGUGUCAGCGCUCACCGUGGAUUUCUCUCAUCAGCGUAUCUCACAAAGCGUUAAGGGUGAGAACCGCCCCCCCUUCUUCCCCUCCUUAACCUGUACCAAUUUUCUGCGCCACGUCAUUGGGUUAGGGCGAGAAAAGGGUGGAAAUUCAGCACGAAAGCGAGAAGAGAGAAAAGAAAAAAUAAAAUAAACAGAAAGGGAGAAAGAAAAACCCCUUACAGUCUCCCUCUCCAAUGCCCGGGAAUUCCCCUUGAACGUUUCCCACCUUCCUACCUGUUACUCAAGGCCGCCUUUGUGUUAGCUGUUGGUUGCAAAGCACUGUUUGAAAACUUUGCACUAAUUGCUUUAAUGUAUGUGAAGGUUAAAGCUGUUGUCUAUUGUGAAAGAUAGGAUAAUAUUGUAUUUGUUAUGAGUCAAAUUUACCCAUUAAGAUUAGAAACGAAUGUUAUGAAGAUUAUGAUAAGGGAAUAUCAUAUCUUGCAAUACUUUUGUUGUGUGAUUAAAUAUUUGUAUAUUUUAAGUUACAAACACAGCAUUAAUAAUAGAUUUGACUUUUAGUAAUUGGUGCAUCAUUAUUGUUUAAAAAACAUAAAGUUAUGUGUACAUAGGAGAUCUAACAUUAAAUAUGUUAGAAAUGA